AGAGGGCGCACUGAAUGACAAAAAAUCGAUCGAACCCGACGAGCCUGCCGACGAUCGACAAAGUGUCCGCGUGUGUGUGUGCGAGUACGUUGAGGUUAAGUUGGUUAGCCCUGGCCUAGAGAGACCGGCUUCAAUACAAGUGAUUUCAUACAAAUAAGGACAUAGUGACACUUGCAGACAAUGGAUUUCCAAAACCGAGCUGGUGGGAAAACCGGCAGUGGUGGUGUGGCAUCUGCUUCAGAGAGUAAUCGUGAUAGGAGGGAAAGACUUAGGCAGUUAGCUCUAGAAACAAUUGAUCUGAACAAGGAUCCAUAUUUUAUGAAGAACCAUCUUGGUUCAUAUGAAUGCAAACUAUGUCUCACUUUACAUAACAAUGAAGGAAGCUACUUGGCUCAUACUCAGGGCAAAAAGCAUCAGUCCAAUUUAGGGCGACGUGCAGCUAAAGAUGCUAAGGAUGCACCUGCCCAACCAGCUCCUGAGAAAGCAAGGGUCGAAGUAAGAAAAUUUGUCAAGAUUGGUAGACCUGGUUACAAAGUGACAAAGCAGAAGGAUCCAGAGACUGGCCAACAGAGUCUGCUGUUUCAAGUGGAUUACCCUGAGAUCGCUGACAUCACACCAAGGCAUCGUUUCAUGGCAGCUUAUGAACAAAAGAUUGAGCCCCCAGAUAAGAAAUGGCAAUAUUUGCUGUUUGCAGCUGAGCCCUAUGAAACUAUAGCAUUUAAGGUUCCUAGUCGUGAGGUUGAUAAAAAUGAAAACAAAUUCUGGACACAAUGGAAUAAAGAGACUAAACAGUUUUUUCUGCAAUUCCACUUCAAAAUGGAACCAAAGCCAGUAGUCGCAGUACAACCAUCACCACAGAUUAAAGGAUCAGCACCACCAGCAAACCUACCUCCUCCACCUGGAAUACAGCGGGGUCCACCACCUGGUAUGAAGCAAAAUGACCAAAGCAGACCUCCAUUCAGACCAGGCAUGGGUAGCAGACCCCCAAAUCUGCCACCUCCACCAAUGGUUGGACGAAACGGACCUCAAAGAAUGCCUGGCAACUUGCCUAGACCUCCUAUGCCCCCAAUGCCUCCUCCCCCUGGAAUGCCUCCAUUUAACAUGCCUCCCGGUAUGUUUCCCCCUCCAGGAUUCCCUUACCCCCCAAUGCCGCCGAUGACGCGACCUACAUCCGCACAAUCUGACAUGAACAAUGUUCCUCCUCCUCCAAUUACGUCAAACCCAACCAAUCCUCCUCCUCCACCCGUCAGUCUAAUGCCACCCCCUCCUGGGGCGGUCCCGCCACCUCCACCUACUCGUCUCAUGCCUCCUUCUCUGAGUAAUAUGCCUCCAAUAUCAUUACCAAACCCUGUACCUCCGCCACCUUUACACAUGGAUGAAACAGUAGAGGAGGCCAAUGCUGAUGACUGAUUAAAUAACACUUGAAUGUUUUUAAUAUAUUGUUAUAGUGUAUGAUGAAUUUAAUUUUUCAUAUUUUAUUUUUUUUGUCAUUGAGAAUAUUCCGAAUUUUUAGUUUGAAUAAUAUGUAGAUCUCUUAUCAUUAAUUGUGAAUAUUAAUUAUUACAUUUUAUCAGGAUAAAAUUUUUAAGUAUCACAGGAAUUCAAUAGCAACAUUAGAUGGCAAUUUUUAUGGACAAAACAAUGUAUGUAAUCCAUUGUAGACUGCUAUAAUUCUGCUAUCUCAAUGCCAUAUUUGAUCACAGGACUACUUUAUUAUAUACAGUAUGUUUGUAAUAUAGUAUGUAAUAUAGUACAGAACCUGUGCUUCUUGUACAACUGCAGUUCUAUUAUGUUUUAUAAAUAUAUCUUAGUACUGUAUAUACAUUUUUUGCAACUGGAAGUGAUCAUUAGUUUUUUUUUAUAAUUAGAAUACAAAACACACUCUUACUUGUGAGCCCCUCAUCCCUUUCCUGGAAAAGUAGACAAAAUAUAAUCAUGAUUCUUGUCAUUUUGUGGUCAUCAGGAGCGGACCCCCUGUUUUGCCACUAAUUUUAAAAAUUUCAAUGCAUAUUAAUGUUAUGUGCUACUGACUUAUCUAUUCUUAAACUGUUGUGCCCACCCCCUCCUGUGUGAACAAUUUUGGACCUGCCCCUAAUCAUUACUUUUUUUUUUCACAAAACAGUACAUACACUAAUAAACUAUAGAGCAUGUUAUGAACUCAUUAUUAGACAAUGCUUAAGGAGCCUUGUUUGCACUGUACAACUGUUCUAUUUUUUUUUUUAGAUGACAUCAUUGUACUGUUUCAAUGUCAUGAUGUAGUUGUUUCUGAUAACAGCAAUAAACAUUCAAAUUUUGUGUAAA